AUGCCAACGUCUUCUUCUUCUGGAGCAGAAGACGUCGUCAUGGAUUCUGAAGAAUUUCGACAAGAAGGCGAAGAAGAAGGCAGAGUAGAAGACGUCGACGAUUCAGAAGUCUAUUUUCCUGACGACGUUGUUGAUGAAGAGGUUGUGGUGGCUGCUGAGGAUACUGUAGAGGAUACUGUAGAGGAGGAGGACCAGGAUACUGUAGAUCCAGCGCAAAUGGAGAAAAUCAAACGAAUCCAACACCAAAAAAUGCAGCUCGUCACCCCGAUGGCCCAGAAACGGCUCCGCGGUCGGCCACCAGUGCCACGUGGCGACACCGACGACUUCCAGGACGACGACGACGAUGAGGAGAUGUUGAUGUUGGACGACAAGGAUCCACAGAAUCCAGGAGACGUCAACGUUGAGGAGGGUCCAGAUGGUCCACCGCCCGCGCCACCUCAUCUAGUCAACAAGCAGAACAGCCGCGGUCGGCCGGCCAACCCAAUUCCACCGCAUCGUCGACCACUGCCCAAGGAUCUCGUGCCACCUGGCGUCCUAAAACGUGGAGCUACCGGGGAAAGGGGCGGAGCCAAACGACGAGCUCUACUCGAAGAAGCCCCGCCCCUUUUACACCCGCCGAGAGGUGGUCCAAUGCCGUCUGCAGUGCCAGAAGACGUUCCGAAAGAAGACACGAUAAUAAAAACUGAAGAAGGCGUUCUUCCAGCUCCAGAAGCCGUUGAAGAAGUGACGGUGUCACCUUCAGAAGACGUCGCUGCUCAGAAGAAGGGGGGACUGGAUCUGCCAGCUGAGCACUUUCCAAAGAAUGCGGCUGGCCACGUGGCAACCAGGGGAAUCCAUCCGAUAGCAGCUGAGAAGCUGACGACGAUGUUUGAAAUUCUGGAGGAAGAGGACGUCGGUGAAGUCAUCGUUGGGCGAGGAGACGAUUCAGAAGCCCAACAACGAGUUCUGACCCUUCAGGGAGGUUCCUUCAUCGAGGAUCGUAUCGGAAGAGCGGACUUGAUGGAGGACGAGGAGACGCGCAUGAUGCAGAAGACGUCAGCGGGUACCACGUCAUCAGAAGGAGCCACCGCAUCGUAUAUAACGGUACAAGAGGAGGAUGGGAGGAAUGUGGUGUACCACGUGGCGGAUGGAGAGAACGCUGAGGAGUAUGUGCUGGAGGAGGGUCCACAGAUGAAGGAGGAACUGAUGGAUGAGGAGGAUGAUGAUGACUUGCCGCCAGAGUUGAUUCCAGAAGGCGUCGCGGAUGAUGCCGAAAACUACGAAAUGAUCCAGGAUGGCGAGUAUCAGGAGAUCGAGGAGGAUAGUCGGACUGUCCGCUACUUGACCGAAGAGGAGAUCCGCGAAGCCCAGGCACGUGGAGAGAUUCUGGAGUUCGAGGAGGAGGUGUUCGAAGAGGAAGUCGACGAAUAUCAACAAUAG